UGGACAUCCUACGAUUCCCAAUUACGCUAACCGGACACACGUGAGUCGCGCGCAUGAGCGAAGCAGCAGCAGGACGGGAUGGCCACGCUGAGAGCAGCGAAGCGGGCCCUGCGGAGGGAGAUCAAACAGCGGGUAGCGGCUCUGAGUAGGGACGAGAGGCUGAGACAGUCCCUGGUGGUCUCACACAAGCUCUUCAAACACCCCAAGUAUGUGUCCUCCCAGCGAAUUGCUGUGUUUCUCAGCAUGGAUGAUGAGCCGUGCACUCAAGAAAUCAUCAAAGACAUUUUUAAAUGUGGCAAAAGCUGUUUCAUCCCCAAAUACGACAGCAGCAGCUCCCAUAUGGACAUGUUGAGGACAAACAGUCUGCAGGACAUCCAGACGCUGCCACGGACUUCAUGGAGCAUUCAGCAGCCUGCUGCAGACGAUGAUAGCAGAGAAGAAGCUCUGUCCUCAGGGGGUCUGGACCUGAUACUGAUGCCAGGUUUGGGUUUCGACCUGGUAGGAAGACGUCUUGGACGAGGAAAGGGUUUCUACGACACCUACCUGGAGCGCUGCAGCCAACACCCUAAAGGAAAGCCUUACACCAUUGCUCUGGCCUUUAACGAGCAACUGUGUCAAGAAGUCCCAGUGGAUGUCCAUGAUGUUCUGAUAGAUGAAAUUCUGUAUGAGGAACUGUAAUCAGCUCAGGGUAAUUCAAGUUGUCUUGGUCAACAGGACCUUUUAAUGGCUUGUCUGUUUACAAGCAACUGAACAGUUUUUCUGGACUUAUAGUCUGAGCUUGGCUACAUCACCAUGGUAACAUACCCUAAAAUCAUAUCCUACUUGGAUUCAACCAUUCAAAUAUAAACACUAGUGUUCACUGAUCAUGUAAUCUAAAUAAAAGCACCAGCCAUGGAUCCCAGCUUAUAUGUGGAUUGUUGGUAUUCAAAUGACAUCACAAAAUCAUGUUCAACAUCUGGUAACAAGUUUUUUUAAUUUC